AUGGAGAGUCGAGAGGCGUGGCAACAAAUCAACGAAGAAGUUGCGGAAGAGCUGUUCGUUGGCUGUGGCAUGCUUCGCGUGCAGCCGAAUGAUGAGCUGGGCGCCCUGGAAAAGGAGACCUUGGCCAACAUGGAAAGAGCCAAUCUCCGUGGGGCACAGUUCGUGAAAAGCGACCUCAUUGACCGAGAACGCGCUGAGGAGCUGGGUUGGGCGCCAAAACUCUUGGACUUUGACAUGCCCCGUUCCUCUCCGACCAAAUCCUUCGAAGCUGUCCUAGACUCCACCGCAGGACUCACCUAUUGCAGUAAAGCCUGCGCGCACUUCCUUCAGAAAGCGAUUGCUUUAGGUGUGAACGUCGUAUUCGGUGCCCAGCAAGGUGCCUUUGAAUCCUUGGCUGAGAAGGACUUUUUCCAAUCUCCACACAAGCGAGCGGUAGGUCUGAAAACAAAGGAUGGCAAGGUCCACAACGCAGACAUUGUCGUCAUAGCCGAAUCUUCGGCCGGGAGCAUCGCCAAAUUUAAGGUUGAUGACAGCCAGGCCGAGCUGUGGAACAAAUACGCAUCGGAAAAUUUCCCUGUCAUCACAUGGAAAAGUGCUAAACGUGAUCAUCAGGGUAAGGAUGUGGGAAGUGUGUACGCGUUUCCCCGUACCCCUGACGGCGUGAUCAAGAUCGGCUAUCGCGGGAUCAAGUUCACAAACUUCGAGCCGGCCCCGCAAGGCAGCCACUUCACGCAAGAUGGAAAGUGGUCGGUACCUCUUCCGGCAGAUCAGAUUCAGCGCAUUCCUGAAGUAGCAGAAGAGGCAAUUCGCCAAUUCGUCUCCAUUUUUCUUCCAGACUUGAAAGAUGUGCCGUUCUAUUCGACGAAAUUAUGCUGGUACACAGACACCAUUGACAAUUCUUUCGUGCAAAAGCUUCGCCAUCACGUAUUGUCGGGAUCCACUGUUGUGGGUCCCAUCUUCAAGCAUUUACAAAGGGAAGCCAUUCCGCUAAGCAUAUUCCAAGAGCACCUUGCUGGUGCUUGA